AUGGCAAAAGGGGCUCUCACUGCAGUGACUGAAUUCAUCUUGCUGGGAUUUACAGAUAGCUCGAAGACACAGGUUAUCCUCUUUGUAGUGUUUUUGCUCAUCUAUUUGCUGAUUCUGGUGAGAAACCUGGGGGUGAUUAUAUUACUCAAGAUUGAUUCCCAGCUCCACUCUCCCAUGUACUUCUUUCUUAGUAACCUGGCUUUCUUAUAUGUCAGCUGCUCCACUGUUAUUGCUCCAAGGACUCUCAUGACCUUUGCAGCAAAGACCAAAGCCAUUUCAUUCACUGACUGUGCCUUGCAGUUCUUUUUCUUUUGCAUUGCUGCGUCCUGUGAGAGCUGUGAGCUGGGAGUGAUGGCAUAUGACCGGUUCACAGCCAUAGGCAACCCACUGCUUUACCUUGCUUUAAUGUCGAAGGAGUUCUGUGUGUACAUGUAUGGAAGAAUAACCCCAUGCACCAGUACAGACUGGGUGCACCUCUUGGUGCUCGGUUCCUAUAUAACAGGCUUGGUGAAUGCAAUUGUUCAGACUAUAUUUAUAUUUGACUUGUUCUACUAUGAUUCCGACAUCAUCAAUCAUUUCUUCUGUGAUGUGUCCCCACUACAGAAGCACUCUUGCUCUGACACACAUACAACUGCCAUCAUUCACUUCAUUUUCCACUGUCAUUCUAUUGCCCUAUGCGAGGAUCAGCACAAGGAGGUCUGGCAAGUAGGAGAUCGGCUAAUCACCCAUCUGAGCCUGAAUUUCCCUCCAUUGGAGCUAGUCUAA